CGGGAACUUUGGUCGUCUGGACGUGUCGCCCCUCCUGGUCCGCCCGCUGCUGCCUGCGGAACCGCCGCUGCUGAAUGUGGCGACCUGGGGUCGGUUUACCUCGUGGAGCUCUUCGGCAUCGAUGAGCCAGAGGCAUUUCGGCGCGGGGCGGAGCUAGUUGGCCCACCCUCCUGCUCUUCCUCCUCCGCCCCUGUAGACAAAGCACUUUGGCCACAGGGCUGCCGAGGUGCGCUCUGACCGCCGCCGGUCGCCACCGCCCGGCCGCCAGCACACAUGUCGGAGCGUGGUGCCUCGGCCGCGGGGCCGGCGGGCGGCACAGGCAGCCCCGCGGCGCCGGAGGCGGCCGGCGGCGCCGCGACGGCGGCUUUGGCAGCGGCCUCCCCCGCGCCCGCCCGCGAUGCCGCUGCAGGCUCACGGCCGCCGAGUGCGCCGGGCGCGGGCGACUACAUCGUCCUGUGGGGCGGCUACUCCUCGGUGUCGGGGGCCGUCCUGGAGCACGGCGCGAUCACCAACAACAGGUACGGGAGCUUCCACCACGACGACCUGAUCGGCCAGCCCUACGGCAGCAAGGUCUGGUCGCGCAAGGGGCGCGCGUGGCUGGCGAUGCUGCGGCCGAGCCCCGAGAUGCUGACGCAGAGCCUGACCCACCGCACGCAGAUCAUAUACCACGCGGACAUCUCGCUCCUCCUGAUGCUGCUCGACGUGCGGCCAGGCAAGGUCGUCGUGGAGGCAGGCACGGGCUCGGGCUCCGUGUCGGCCAGCCUCGCCAGGGCCCUCUGCCCCGGGGGCACCCUGUACACCUUCGAGUUCCACGAGGAGCGCCAGAGGCAGGCGGCCGCGGACUUCGAGCGCUAUGGGCUGUCGGGCACGAUAGUGUCGCAGCACCGGGACGUGUGCAAGAACGGCUUCACCGACGCCCUGGACGGCAUGGUCGACGGCCUGUUCCUGGACCUUCCGGCGCCCUGGUCGGCGCUCGCUCACGCGGACAGGUGCCUGAAGGACGGCGGCAAGGUCUGCACGUUUUCGCCGUGCAUCGAGCAGAUCGAGAAGACCGCCGAGGAGAUGCGCCGGGGGGACCGCUACUGCGGCAUUCGCAUGUUCGAGAGCCUCGCCGUGAACUGGGGCGUGCGCGAGGUUCAGGCCAAGCGGCGGCGGACGGCCGCGGAGCCGCAGGAGGCCCAGGCCCUGGGCGAGGCCUGCCAGGGCGGCCCCGCCGAGGCCGCGGAGGGCGCCGCGGCGCCGCUGGGCAAGCGCCCGGCGCCCGACGAGCGGGACGCGCCGUCGCUGCUGAGCUAUCCCAUGCCAAUGCGCUCUCACACCAGCUACCUGAUGGUGGCGACCAAGGCGGCGAGGCGGCCCGCCGGUGGCUGAGUGCGCCCGCGGUGCUGCGGGGCGGCUCUGGGCGCGCGCGCGCCUGGAGCCCAGCAAAAGAC